UCCCGGAAACGGAAUCAGGCCGGUAAGUAGGAUGCGGAAGUACCCGUUACAGUGGGAAAGCUCGGCUGUCCUGCGGUUGCCACCAUGGCAGCGUCUGGGGGUCCGGGAGGCGGCGUUGACAGUCUGGUGUCGACAGCAGGUAACCGACAGUUGAAGUACAUUAGUCUAGCAGUCUUGGUGGUGCAAAAUGCCUCUCUCAUCCUGAGCAUUCGCUAUGUGCGCACCCUGCCAGGGGACCGAUUCUUUGCUACCACAGCAGUGGUUAUGGCUGAAAUCCUUAAGGGAAUCACCUGCCUGCUGAUCAUCUUUGUUCAAAAGCAAGGUAAUCUGAGACAGUUUGCUGCCUCCUUGUAUGACUCCAUUUUGGUGCAGUAUAUGGACACUCUCAAGCUAGCAGUGCCUUCUCUCAUUUACACCCUCCAAAACAACCUGCAGUACGUGGCCAUCUCCAACUUGCCAGCAGCCACCUUCCAGGUCACCUACCAGCUGAAGAUCCUCACCACAGCAGUCUUCUCAGUGCUGAUGCUCCGCAAGAGCCUGUCUCGUCUUCAGUGGCUGUCCCUCGUGCUGCUUUUUGCUGGUGUAGCCAUUGUCCAGGUGGAGCAGCAGCAGGCAGGGGGCAAGCCAACCCCCAAGGACCAGGGGACGCAACAAAGCUACAUGGUGGGGCUUGUGGCCGUGGUGGUGUCGUGCCUCUCGUCUGGCUUUGCUGGGGUCUAUUUUGAAAAGAUCCUCAAGGGCAGCACAGCCUCGGUUUGGCUACGUAAUAUCCAACUGGGCAUCUUCGGGACCUUGCUGGGGCUGUUGGGGCUGUGGUCCACUGAGGGGGCAGCCGUAGCUCAGCAUGGAUUCUUCUUUGGCUAUACUCCUCUCGUGUGGGGAGUGAUCCUGAAUCAGGCUUUUGGCGGCCUCUUGGUGGCCCUGGUUGUGAAGUAUGCCGACAACAUCCUCAAAGGCUUUGCCACCUCCUUCUCCAUUGUGGUGUCCACCGUGGCUUCCAUCUACCUCUUUGACUUCCACCUCAACCUACUCUUUGCUCUAGGAGCAGGCCUGGUUAUAGGAGCUGUCUAUCUGUACAGCUUGCCCAAGGGACCAUUGGCCAAUCGAUCCCUGGUCGGGGCGGCUGUCCAGCAGCAGGGCCAUGGAGCACAAAGCAAGGAACUUCCUUCCGUGACUACAGAUGGCUUCCUGUCCAAGUCAGUACUGAUCAGUUGAGAAGAAUGGAACAUGUCCUGCAUUCCCUGUCACUGGUUUCUUGUGAAGGUUCAACAAAACCUGGACCCCUUUUUGCAAUGUCCAUCUUUUUCACUUCUCACUCUCUCUCCCCAGGUCUUCUCCCCUCUUUUCUCUCCCUAUUGCCUUGGUCUUUAUGUUCUUAACUUUGUGCUGACCACUGCAUAUUCUCCUCCUUUUCCUCUCACUGGCUUCCCAGCUUAUUAAGCUGCCAGUUUUAUAGACCCAUAAAUUGUUAUUUUACCCAACAGUGUAUAAUUCUCCACACACCUCAGCUGGUAUCUGCCAUUGCCUGCUUGAAUUGUUCACCUUCUCUUUGACUUCUAACUUUCCUAUCUGUUUCUCCACUGUCCCUCUUUUGGGGACAUUGCCUCCUGAAAAGCAACUAGGGGCAAAACUGCUUUGGGAAUCCUUGUGUCCCAAGAACUUUCUUAUGUCUGGUCAGCAGGGAGAAAUUUUAUAAAGAGGUGUACUUCGGAGUAAACACUUUUCAUAGAAGAUCAGAUAUAAUCUCAAGAAGGAUUGAGUGGGGGAGAUACAGCAACACAUAAAAAGAGAAAUCUGAAGAAAAAUGUCCUUUGCCCUUUGGGAGCAUACCAAUGGUUUUUAAAAUGCCAGAUAUGUGAAAGUAAUAGGAAUUAGCUUGUUUACAGCUGUUUGCCCAGAAAUUGUCAACUUUAUCUACUGUAGCAAAUGAAAAUUUAACAAGAAAGGUGGUGUGUGCGUGCGUGCAUGUGGCAGUUCCAGGCCAGUGGAUCAAGGUGUUGGGUAUUUGAGUUGCUUGACGUUCUGCUUUUGUUCUUUCUCCAGUUCUGAUUAUGUAGCAAAUGCUGUUGGAUCGCUGUGGAAAGGGAACUGAGUUUGUGGUGUACUUAAUUCUUUCCUGCCCUCAGUGAAUAUUUAGAAUAUUAAAGGUUUGGGGGUUACUGGGCAAAUGAGGAGACUGAAUCAUUAUUAAUUAAGGUUUCAUUAUGGAUGAAGAUGGAGUGAAACUGACAGCAGAUGGUCUCAUUUCACAUAAGGGACACUUGGCUUGAAGUAGUAAGAAUCUCAGGGUAAGGGUGGGAGAAUAUUAGGAUAGAGCCACCAGAUAUGGGCAGAUAAUGUAUAUACAGUACAAGAAGAGAAACUUGCAUCAGCCAGAGAUUAAGAGGAGGAGCGUCUGCUGGUGCUGGUGCUGUCAGAGCACCAAGAUUGGAAUGUCUGGCCUUCUGGAACUCCAUGGCACCUACUGGGGAGUCUGUGGAGCACAAGCUAAGAAUCUGAGUGCCAUUCAUUUUCUUUCAUACUUUGCAGGGAGGAGAGGUGAUUAAAUGAAAACAGGGUUCUUAGUGAACGUCCAAGUCCAUUUCAAGUAAGCGUCCCCCCUCUUCAUCCCACCCUCAAAUGGAGGUCUCCCAGGUGUUUGCUCUGCACUUCCAGGCACAGGUGCACGCAAACAGUUCGGCUUGGUGGUUCACAUGCUAUGUAGGGCUUGAACCUAAAAGCAACGGAAGGGUAAGGGAGGCUGGGAUUCUGAGGAGGUAGGGCCCUUCUCAGCCUCGGUUUCCUUUCUCUGUUAAUAUCUUAGGCUUAUUGGGAUUUGGACUGCCUCUCCUUAAUCCUUAUGCAUUUUGUGCAGACUCAGCCAGUUGGUUGAGGGAGGGUGCACUAACCCUGGAGUGCAGGUGGGGUGGGAGGGCCUUGAGUGAAUUUUGGUUCCUUUUGAAAUGGGGAGGAUAAACACAAGUCACGUGAUAUGUGUGAGUGUGUAUGUACGUGUUUUUUACAUUGCUAAUCAUUUUUUAUGAAUCCUGCUUUUUUAAGGAAAUACCUAAAGAAAGCCUGUACUGUUUGUCAAUGUACAUAAAUUACAGAUGAAUAAAGAGAGUGUAUUUAUUUA